CUUCUUCAUUGCUUUCUUUGAACUUGAAACUGCAUGUUUUAACUCCACAGGUUCUAGAUGCAGUGGUUCCUCUCCCCAGCUGCUCAUCACCCCUUGGUCCCUCUCUCAGUGCUGUACUGAGGGUCUCCCAGGCCAUUCUGCCUCUGUCUGCUGUGCCCUUCAGGUCCCCUGUCUCUGGCCUGCUGGAUGGUGUCCUCUUCCUGGACCUGAAAGGCCCCUUCCCAGUUCUCCAGCACUCCCCUGACUGCUGCUUCAUAGUCUCUUUCCCUUCCUUUUAUGACCCCCAGAUAUUGGAAAUUCCCAGAAAUAAGGGAGUUUCUCCUCCUGUUCCUCUGGUGUGGGUGUAUUCUGGGUAAUUCCAGGUAGUCAUGUAGAACGGCCUAGAAUCAGGAUACAGAUGACUUCCACCUGCUUGCUCUAGAACAGCUACUCAUCUUCUGCCCCACCUGUAUUUCCAAAGGUCCCUUGACUGUCACCAGGAUCAUUUGGUGUAGUAUACAUUGCAGAUGGAAUGAAUCACCUUCCCGUUCCAAGCUGGCUCCUUAUGGACACUUCCUGCAGUGCAUGACCCACACCAAGUACAGAUUUAGCUAGGAGCCUUGGGACCAUCCUUGCCUCCCCGGGCCCUCCCUUUUCCUAGCUGUCUGUCUGCCUGGAAAUUCCAUUUAUUCAGUGUGCCGGUUGCCGACCUGUCAGCAGUCACUGGUCUAUGGUUCUGGUCAAUCAGCAGGUUCCCCUGCUUUGUUCCACACCGAACAGUGAACCAUGUCAUUGUUCUAAAAUCAACAUACUAUAUUUAUUUCAAAACCACAAAUAGAGUUGGGCAUGAUGGGAUCUGCCUGUCAUCCCAGGACUUGGGAGGUUGAGGCAGGAGGAUCAGUCACUACAAGUUCAAGACCAGUUUGGGUUACACAGUGAAUUCUAAGCCAGCCUGAACUACAUAGCAGGACGCUGACUGGAAACCAACCAGAUCCUGCCUAUCUAAACAGGCCCAGUCCUUCCAGCCAAUAUAUGGCUUUCCAGACCAUAACUUAAGUUCAAACUUUUAAAUUAAGCGUAAGAAGUCCGUUUUUUUUCUCAUCCCUGUCAGUCUCACAGGAAAGCACUCCCUGUUUCCUUGCCCCUGCAAAUCCUUGAGCCUACAGCUUCCCAUUCUCACCUCCUACACAAUGUCUGCCUAAUCUUUCAGAGUCAGCUUCUUGGAAAGACUUCCUGACUACCACAGAGUUUUCUUUCUUUUGUUUGAAAUUUUGUAGCCCUUGGUAAGGUACCCUGAUCUAGAGCACAGGAGCGGCUUGAGACCAUGCAUUUCAGUGUGUGUAUCUUUCCUAGUCUGUGAACUCCGGUCAGAAAAAUUUUCAUUCUCUUCUCUCAAAACAUACCUUACCAGAUGGAUGAUCUCUGUGAAGGAAAUGGCACUUUUGCCAUCAGCUUAUUCAAAAUGUUGGGUGAAGAAGACAAAUCACAAAACGUGUUCAUAUGCCCACUGAGCAUCUCGUCCUCCCUGGCUAUGGUCUUCCUGGGGGCAAAAGGAAACACUGCAGCCCAGAUGUCGCAGGCACUUUAUUUGAACACAGAUGGAGAUGUCCACGAAGGUUUCCAGUCUCUUCUCACUGAAGUUAACAGAGCCGACACUAAGUACCUGCUUAGCAUGGUUGGCAGACUCUUUGGAGAAGAAACAUGUGAUUUUCUCCCAGCCUUCAAGGAAUCCUGUAAGAAAUUCUAUCAGGCAGAGAUGGAGGUGCUGUCCUUUGCUAAAGAUGCUGAAAAGUGCAGGAAACACAUCAAUGAUUGGGUGAAAGAAAAGACGGAAGGUAAGAUUUCAGAAGUGUUGAGCCCUGGGAUCGUCAGUUCACGGACCAAGCUAGUCCUUGUGAACGCUGUGUAUUUCAAAGGAAAGUGGAAUGAGCAAUUUGACAAAAAGUACACAAGAGGAAUGCCCUUUAAAACUGGCCAGGGGAAAAAAACAGUACAGAUGAUGUUCAAACAUGCACACUUUAACAUGGGUUAUAUAGAGGAGAUGAAUACCCAGGUCUUGGAGCUGCCCUAUGAGGAAGAGGAGCUGAGCAUGGUCAUUCUGCUUCCUGACGAGAACACUGAUCUUGCUGUGGUGGAGAAAGCGCUUACAUAUGAGAAGUUCAGAUCCUGGACAAAUCCAACAAACAUGAAGAAAAUUAAAAUUGAAGUUUUCCUUCCCAGAUUUCAGCUGGAGGAGAGUUACGACUUGGAAUCUGUUCUCCGAUGUUUAGGAAUGACUGAUGCUUUUGAGGAGUCCAAGGUUGACUUUUCGGGAAUGUCAACUAUAAAGAAUGUGCCGCUGUCCAAGGUUGCCCACAAGUGCUUUGUGGAGGUUAAUGAAGAGGGAACAGAGGCAGCGGGGGUCACUGCAGUGAUCCGGAAUGCCCGGUGUGCUCGUAUAGAACCAAAGUUCUGUGCAGACCACCCUUUUCUUUUCUUCAUCUGGCACCACAGCACCAAUAGCAUCUUGUUCUGUGGCAAGUUCUGUUCACCAUGAAGAGGUUCUGUAGCUGUAUGUGACUCUUUCCCCUCUGCCUACUUUGCCUUCAUUAAAAUUCCAUGUGGCCAAACUGGUGCAGGGGCUGAAAUGUUAAAAUAAAGUGUGUGCAGUGGUGAGGUUUGUGAAUGUCUUUGCUGACAGUUGCAGUGCUCCUGAGGCUUCAGAUGUGUGGAGUUUGGGGUUAAGAAGGCUUCCCUUGUUUUGAAAUGUUUGAUAUACCUCUUAUAUCACUGCAAGUCUAUGCCUAUUGUUUGUAAAAAUCUUACUGAUUAAUGACCCAGCCUUUAAUGAGAUUUUCUAUCCUGUGAUAGUCUUUGAAUUCUGCCCACCACCAUUGCUAGUCUCUCCAGGGGAUGCCAGAUUCCAUUGCACACAAAAUUAGGGAGGAGUGAACCCUGUUGUUCUAUAGGGUUACACUGUAGCCACUUAUUACAGGCAGUUAACAUAGCACUGUUAUCACAUCUCACACAGUGGCUCUUCAUGACCCACAUUUCAUGUAGCUUCUGAUAGAAACAGCUUCUUUAGAACUUAUUUCCAUAAGACUUACAUACAAUUCAAGGGCUCAGCAGUGAACUUCAGGACCAUGGUGAGACACAAAUCAUUCAAAUAUGCCAGGUCAUCAUCUUCUGUGGCCUUUCCUUUGAAACCCCCCUCAGAAUUACCAAAGGAACCUUCACACCUUCAUACUUCUUAGAAAUAUGAUACACUUCUGGUUAGUUGUAUAUCCUCGGACUUUCUCCUCCCUAUUCUAUGUGUGCAAAUAUAAAUUCAUAAGCAUUUUAGCACAUUAAUCAUAACUUUGGUAGCUUACUUUUAUCCGUAUUUAUGAUAAACUUUCCUUAAGAUAGUUAUCUUUCUAUGCCAUCAAUUUGAUAUGCAUAGUAUUUUAUGAUAUUCCUAGUUCUAUAUUUGAACCUACUUAAGAGAUGUAGGCAAAAUUGUUUACAUAAUAUAUUACAUGGUUAUGAACAACCUUGAUAUCUGCUCUCACUCUUAAUUUUUGGAGCUAUAUUCCUUAAAAUCAUCCUGUCAAGAUAAAGGGUGGAUAUAUUUUGAGACUUCUGAAUUGGUCUCCAAAAGUUUUACUGAUUUACAUUCUUGCUUAUGUUUCUAUUUACACUACUGACUAAACGGGUUAGUCUUGAUCCUACUUUUGAUUCACAGUUAAUAGACACAGUCAUAUUAUAGCUGUUACUUAAAAUUUACCAAGCUAGAAUAUAUUCUCAAGCCAUAUUCAUUUCAGAAACCUUGUUUUCCAAGGUAUAUUUGGCCAAAAGAUUAAUCCACAGAACUGGAAAGUAUGCAUCUGGGUUUUGAUCUUACUGGUACUUCUAACGUAGAAAUAUACCUUUAUUGAGGUAUAAUUGAACCAGAAUAAACUUUAUAUGUUUAUCACAUACAAUUUGGUAAGUUCUGGUUCAUACAUGCAUCCAUGAAACCAUCUCCACUUUUAAAACAAUGCCGUGUUUAUCAUACCUCCAGACAUUUUGUUGAACCUUUGUAAUCUCCUUCUGUUCCCUCCUUAACCACUUAGCCUCAUUCCUCAGGGAGACAAUGAUCUGCAUUCUAUCACUAUAGCUUAAUUUUAGUUUCUACAAUCUUAUUUACAUGAAAUCACCCACCCUUUUCAUAUGGCUUCUAGCAAUCAGCACAACUAUUUUGAGAUUCUUCAAUAUUAUAUAUUUCAAUAAUUGCUAAGUAAUAUAUCAUUGUAUAGAUAUACCACCGUUUUUAAUCCAGUUACAGCUUGAUGGAUAUUCGGGUUGUCACCGAUGUUUGGCUGUUGCAUAGAAUGUUGUUAUGAAUGUACAUAUUUUUAGGGAUUUAAUUUUUCAUUUAUUUUGGGUAGAUGCCUAAGAGUGGGAUGUCUGGUUACAUUAAAGAUAUAUCCUUAAAUUCUUAAUAAACUACCAAAUUGUUUCCCAAAGUGGUUGUAUCAUUUAGCAUUCCCAAUAAAGCCUAUCAGAAUUUUGGUUAGUUGCCCUACAUCCUUGCCCAUGGUUGUUAUGGUCAGAUAUUAUUUUCGAUACAUUGUGGUAUUUUAUUGUGACUUUAGUUUGCAUUUACCUAAUGACCAAUUAUGUUCAGUAUUUUUUCAUGUGGUCAUUUACCAUCCAUAUUUGCUUUUUGGUGAAUAAAAUUUCUCACCCAUAUUUUGUAGCUUUUAGUUUUAUUUUCUUACUGUAUUUUGAUAAUUUUGUGCCUUGGAAACAAUAUAUGAUUAUCAGAUAUAUGAUUUGUAUACAUUUGUUAUCAUAGAUCAUGUCUUGGACUUUUCCUUUGAUAAAGUACUUUUGAAAAGCAGGAGCUCUUAAUUUCCGUGAAGUUUAAUGUAUUAAUUUUUUUGGCAUCUGUACUCCUUUUGUUAUCAUAUCUAAGGACUCCUUGCCUAACUCAAGAAUAUAAGAAUUACUUCUUACGUCUUUUGGGAUGUUAAUAGUAUUCAUUUUAUAUUUAGGUCAUGAUCCUUUUUGACUUCAUAUUUUCUCACAUAUUGAAGACUACUCUUUCUCCACUCAAUUUCAAUCUUUGUCAAAAUUUUAUGGAUCAUACAUUUGUAGUAGUAUUUUUGGGGUUCAUUGAAUUGUAUUGAUCUUCUUGAUGCCAAUACCAUAUUGUCUUUAUUAUUAUAUCUUAAUAAUAAAUUUUAAAAACUAGUAAA